GAGUACCUGUAAGGAUAAUAUCAUUUUCUCCGGCAACCUGCUGUCCAAAAACAGAAGAAGUGUAACACAAACGAAUGAAGCUGAGGUAGUUUGACAAACCUGUGAACUAGACGCGAAUUAACGCUAGUUCGGAAGCGUCUCCGUCAUUGUUUUGAAGGCCAGUUGCUAGUUACGGGGAAUCCUCGGGCUAGCCCGGUAGACACCGGGCCGAGAGAGCGCAGGGGACCUGGACUGGAUCGUGAGCUGGUUUGAUCGAUCAGGGUUAUUUUUUACCAAUCUUGUACUCAAACGAGGACGUAACCUCUCCUGCCCCUCCGUGGCGCACAUAAAUCAGCGUCAACUCAAAGACACUUUGAGCUAGACAACUAGCUAACAUUAGCUCUCCUGUGUUUACAAGCUAAGCUCAGCCGAUAUCCUCUGAAGAAGUUGGCACUUGGGUGUAUUUGUUUCAGUCAGGGUUUAGAACACUGUGCUACUAUCACAACCCUGCAAGCUAGUAUUAUUAUUAUAGUAUCUACUUCUGUCUACACCGACUGAAGGUCGCCAGCUAGGCUAACGUUAGAUCAAAAGGUCUCCUAGCUAAGGUUAUCACUUCUUCAGUCUUAUCUACUGCAGCCCAAAGUUUGUUACCUUAUUGGACUGUAAGAAUCAGCCCAGUUGUUUGUUUCCUUAGCUCUUUCAAUGUUAAACAAAGGUGAAUAUCUUGUAAAAAGUUGAAGUCACAGAGGCAGCAAGCCCUUGCUGAGUUACUUACUAAAGCUUGUUGACUUAAACCAGUAGACAGUAUCCCGGAUGAAGGCUCACAGAGAAGUGUGGAUUGUGAUGCUGUCAGGACUCCCAGGUGUUGCCUGUUUUGUGUGGCAUUAAUAAUCUCACACUAACAUUUAACCUGCAACAGAAGCAACUGGUUUUUGAGCUAAUUUGCUCAAGAAGGAUCCUCUCCAAAACAGAUCACCAUGAAUCGCUACCUGCCUGUGGCACGACAGCACUUCCUGGCUGCACUUGCCAGCACCAGUGUGGUGGUAAAAUCUAUAAGUGCUGUGGUGGUUCUCCUGUACCUGCUGGCAUGGGCUGUUGACACUCCAUACGCUCUUGGGGUGACCCCGGGGUACCUAUUUCCUCCAAACUUCUGGGUGUGGACGCUGGUGACUCAUGGGGUGGUGGAGCAACAUGUAUGGGGCGUGGCAGCUAAUGUUGGGACAGUUAUGGCCUGUGGACGCCUGUUGGAGCCUUUGUGGGGUGCUCUGGAACUCCUGAUCUUUUUCGCAGUGGUUAAUGUAUCUGCAGGACUCCUGGCAGGUCUCUCCUACCUCCUCACCUAUGUGGCCACCUUUGACCUGGAUUUCCUGUUUGCUGUGCGCGUCCACGGGGCAGCCGGGUUCCUGGGAGGCGUCUUGGUGGCUCUGAAGCAGACCAUGGGGGAUACUACAGUGCUCAGAGUGCCACAGGUAAGACUCAAAGCAGCACCAGCUUUGGUCCUCCUCCUCCUGGCCUUACUGCGCCUCUCUGGGCUGCUUGAGAACUCAGCCCCCCUUGCCGCGUACAGCUACGGCGCCCUGUCUGGCUGGGUUUACCUGCGCUUCUACCAGAGGCACAGCCGGGGCCGUGGGGACAUGUCGGACCACUUUGCCUUCGCGAGUUUCUUCCCCGAAGCUCUGCAGCCUGCUGUGGGGCUGCUGGCGGGGCUGGUCCAUGCGGUGCUGGUGAAGUUGAAGGUGUGCAGGAAGAUGGUGAAGAGAUACGACGUGGGAGCACCCUCCUCCAUCACAAUCAGCCUGCCAGGGACGGAUCCACAGGAUGCAGAGAGGAGGAGACAACUGGCCCUCAAGGCUCUGAAUGAGCGUCUAAAGCGCGUGGAGGACCAGUCCGCCUGGCCGAGCAUGGACGACGAGGAAGACGAGGACGAGGACGAGGUCAGAACCGACACGCAGCCGCUCCUCCCAAGUGGGCCUUCCUCCUCCGCGACGAGACCGGCAGGGGGACCUAUCGGCAUCUCCCUCUCCUCCACCUCCUCAUCCUCGAUGUCACAGAGCGGCGGUGCGCAGCCCACUGGCGGAGCGCAACACCCAGAGUCGAGCAUCAUCAGCUUCGAGGAUGCACCUUCUAGAUCGUAACCAAUAGAAUGCACGUGUACAGAUCCGCACGCUCUGUCUGGUGUCACUGGCAGGUCUACUAGUGCAUCCAGCGUCCCUGACUAGUGUAAGACUAUAUUCAGUGACGGCGAUUAGGCAUACACUCGAUAUCGCGCACACACAAACACACACGACAUCUUUGAGCAGUUCAUACACACGAGUGCGCUCACAAACACUCUGUCAAUGUCAUUGUGAAGCCCAAACAGGUGGUAACUGUACAGUGCUUUCAGUUCAGACAUGUUGGUUGUAAAUGCUCAGUGUAGUCGGGCAAACCUGACACACUUAAUUCUUCUCUUCCUUCUCGCAUACGACCGAAAGUCAACCAGAAAUUCUGUCUUAUCUGGACUCGAUCCCAACUUGCUGAGCUCUGUCCACUGCUUCGUGUGUCUCUUUCUCUUGCUUUCUAAAUAAAUAACAAAAAAUAGGUGUACAAUUUUUUUAUUUUAUUUUUUGUAAAUCUUUUUUUUCGGAGCAGAUGUCAGAGAAUCGCUCCGAAAAUUCUUGAUUCCCGAUGAAAGGCGGACUCUACACGCACCGGUUCGAUAAGCGCCAAGAAAUGAGUGCGCGUGAGAUUAGCUUUUGGUUCACAUGUUGCGCAUCUGUAACCUGGUGUGUAACAGAGGAAGAAUGAGAGCGUGCACUCAGCGCCGAAUGCUGGAGCGAAGGAAAGAAGCUGCUGCAGGUCAGUCCUGCUGAUGAACUGUGAUACAAGACUUCAAGAUUUGAAGCAGUGCCAGAUUUAGAAAAAAAAAGGAUAUUCUGGACCAGGUUCAUUUGCAACCUGUUGUCUCUCUUGGAAAAACAGGCAGAAAAAUCAACUUUGUACCCUUUUUUUUUUUUAUCCCUGGGUUAUCUUUCAAUGGAUAACUAGUUUUUUUCCCUUCAAGGUCUGUUCAUCGGUAAACAAAAACAACUUCCUGUGCACUAACAUUAGGACAUUUUAAUGAUGUUACAUUAGUUCACAGAUCUGUUGAUUAUGAUGAUGAUUCUUUCUUCUUGUUUUAUGGGUUAAGAUUCUAUUUUUAGGUUAAUCCCAGACCUAAUCUUGGAGUAUCAUCCUGUACUAUUUCACUUCCACCUCCUAGGAUCCGGAACGAUGCGAGAAUCGGCAAUAGCUAUUUAAUUAUCUAAGCGCUCCUACAGAGAGAAGUGGUCAGUGCCCGUCACGGUUAUGUUAGUCAUUUGACACCAUUAAAAAUUUGGAGAAGUGAUGGAGUGCAUGAGGGCAGAGAAUGGCCUUGUUUUUAUGUUAUAAAAUCACUGAGAUUGAUGAGCUGCAGAUUCAGAGGUUGUAUAUGUGCUUGUGUCAAACUCUGCUCUGAUUAGUUGUAUCUCAGAGACUGGCCCAUGAGGAUGAAUGACUCCAUAGGUGGAGGACGCUUGCACUCAUCAGUAGUCAGCCUGGCCAAUGUUUCAUCACAUGCACAUGUAGCAUCUUUCAUUCCUAGAGUCACGGUGCCAAGCAGGGGCCACUGCUGAAUAAUUUGCUGGUGAGGUUCAUAGGCAGAUAGAUAGUUUCAUCUCAAACGUUCCAUGAAUUCAAGGCAGCCCCCAAAAGGUCAGCGAGUCAUUCGUUUUGUAGACGGUCAUCAAUUCAGACGUCACAGUCCGUUAAGGUAACAGUCACAUUACUGAAUGCCCAAUUUCCCACCUGUCCUCGCUGAUUCAAGUCAGCUGCAGCCAAUAAACUAUACUCAGACGUUGCGAUCACAGUGACGAAAAACUGCUUAUUUAUUUUUAAACCUGUGAUCACAAGGUAGAGAAUGUCUCCAAAUGGAAUGAGCAUUUUGACAUAUUCAACAAGGAGGAUAAAGCACAUGAAGUUCACAUGAUCCCUCACCCCUUAGAAGUCGCUUCAGUGUGUGAUCUGGGAAUACCAGCCCACUUAAAUUAGAUGCAGAUUGUUCCUGGUCUUACAGAUGUUGUGUUGUCGUAGGGAGCCAAUGCCUUAAUUUCACAAAACUUCUUUUUAAAACAAAAAGAAUCAGAUUGAUGGUCACUGCUGUUUGGUAUUGACACUUUAUUAAUUACCUCAGCAAGCUCUCACACAAAUCAGAAUUUAGAGAAGAUUUGCAAAUGAAGAAUUUGAAAUUAGGCAACAAAACAAAAUGAUUGCAGUAUAGAAAUAUGUUGUUACAUAUUUAAUCCAAAUGUAUAGUUAUUUUUUGUUCCUAUUUAAUAUUCUCAUGUUUGUUUUGUGACAGAUAAUCCUGCAGUGGCCUUACUGAUCAUUUUAUUUGCCACUGACUAAGCAAAUAUCAUAUUGAAAAGAGACCAAAAUCAUCCAAUCACAGGUAACUAAAGGCACAGUGAGUCAUGUAUGGCCUUUAAAACCCUCCAUAAUUAAACAGUAGAUAUUCAUCAACAAACAUCCUCCUCCACUUCCUAGCUGUAGUGAUAUAUGAAUUGCAAAGGCAGAGUCACAGUUCACGUAGUAGACAGCCAACAGAAAUAUCCUUCAUCCAGAAGACUGUAAAAUUAGAGCUUUUCAUUUAAUUUUGGGAAUUCCAAAUCUGAGCACCCAAAGAAGUUCAUUAGUGUCCUUUUUUAAUCCUGUAGAAAUGCAAGGAAAGAAAAUUGUUUUUACUCAUAUGUGUGGGGAAUUUGUGGAAUUUGUCAAAUAGAGGGAAAAAAAAGGUUGGAAAAAUGUAGAGUUAUGGUGUAAACAUUCAGCCCACAGACUCAGUGUCCUGAGCUGAACUUGGCAGACACGUUUUAUAGGGUCUUUUUUGAAGAGGAUCAUUGCAGGAUUGGGCCCUUUUUUUUGCUUUUUUGACAAAUAAAAAGCAAAAAACGUGCUACAUGAUGUGAUGUGCAAAAUUGUGUGAUAAGCUAAAGAUAUGUAGGGGCCUGAAAUGAUGUCCAGGCGUCUAUAAUGAGUCCAGUUUAGCAACAUGCUCUUAGGAGGAGUUGAUUGCUCCUGAUAUAUUAAUUAAAAAAAAAAAAAAGUAUGAUGCAAAAACACAGCUCUCAUUUUAUCCUGGUUCUCCUUCAUGCUUGAAUAUUGGAGCUUGUUCCUCUAUAUUAAAGCAUCAUCACCACCACUGCACAUUCAGAUGAAGUAUGUAGAGCUUAAGUUUGGACUUUGAAGUCAUUUAAAAGCUUUUUUUGUUUUGUUUUUUUUAACCUGGUGGAAACGUGUAUGUAUGGGAAGUGAUAAGCCAUAUUAGAGUGGGGUGAUGAAAUUCUGUGUGUUCUAUCCUGUGUUUCCUCUUCUGCUCAUUUCACCGUGCUCUUAUUUGGCAAGUAGAUGUUUACGUCGGGUGAGUGGGGCCAUUAUUUAAUUAAAUGUGAAUGAAUGGUUGUAUUUACAUGAAUGAAUGGACACAGGAAGGAGAGGAAGGGCUUGACGCUGUCCCUUGCCCGCGAGCUGAGUCAAAUCCAGCUUCAAAGUGGAGAACGUCUGAAAUCUCUAACUGCAUUCUGCCACCAAAGGUAGCAAAGGUGGUAGAGCGACGUAAUAAACUAGUACACAACUACAUAUGGUGCAUUAACAGUCAUAUGGUGUUCGUAUUAUUUUAACUAGUCAAAUGUUUAUUUUUGAGCUUCGCUGCCGUACAGCAAAACAUAUGCUAGCAUGGACACUGGCUUAUAACUGGAGUUGUGUAAUUUGAUUGGUGCACAGGAACAUUGUUGUUAGCAGUCUGAGAUUUCAGAUUGAGCUUGGCCAGUCUGACUACCACUCCCCAUCCCUGUUCUCCUGUUCCCCUCAGUUUUAUCUCUGCAUUUUCUGGCCCCGAACGUCCUCAAAGAGAAGUGAGGAAUGCAAUUACAUACUGUCUUUAUGAAUUAUGGCAAUGUUCAGUUAGUGUAUGCAAUUAUCAAAGCCGCAGGCGAGCAUAAUUAAUGAUGUCAGUGCUGUUCACAGAGAUUACUACAUUGCAGUGGCUUCAGUCUACAGUGGCCAGCUGUUUUGAGUCAAUGAGCAAGCACAUAAAUGCUAUCACUGUAAUUCGAAUACAUACACAGUUUGUAUUUGUUCUCUCCUGCUGCGUGCCGAUAUCAUCUCAUUAUUACACAGACAGGUAGACUCUUUUUAAACUUUAGCAAGUGAAUUCUCUGUUUUACCCAUAAAAGUAGACUUUCCUUGGUUGGUUUCUUGUCAAAGUGGCUGAUAGAGAGGGCAAAAUACACAGAUUUAUCAGAAACUGGCUUUUAAUGUAAGACAACACUAAAUAAAAAGUCAAUUUAAGAUACAAAUGUUCACCUUGUUCCAAUCUUCAUUUGUAUUUGUGACAAAUGACAAAACCGAUUACUAAUGAUUAUUGGAGUGCUUCAUAUUUUGCUAGGAAGCAGGAACAGUGUAUCUGGACGUUUAUUUGAGAAACAUCUGUACUGGUUUUCAGAACCCGUGCCUCUAUUAAGAAGCCUCAUUUUCUAUCUUUAAACAGGAGUAUUUUGUACAGAUGCUGGUGCCCAAGUCAAGAAUUGAACAACAUGACUACAUCAGCGUGAGGUACAUUCAAUAAUCACUUGAUAUAGUUGGAUUGUGAGUUGUUUAUUGUAUUCAGGAAUACUGGUACCUUUGGAUGUGGAUAAUGUUCUUUCAGCCACUUUGGCAGACAACAUAUUACCUUCAAAAUGUGACUUUGGGGUUCUGCUGGCCUCCAUGACUUGCGGAUGAAAGCCGUUUCCCUGCCCUGUGAUGAAUGAGAUUACAGAUAGUUUUGAAUUCUGUUGGCUAAGGUGGUCAUUCACAACAAUGUUUUUCUUUUUUUUUCUUUUUUUAAUAGUUUUCAGUACUUUCUUUUUUCCUCAUCUGUCUAUUUUUGCACCAACAGAUCUUGUUCACACUAAUGACAGUUUAUUUCUCUCUGUGUACUGUGACUGUUGCACAGACAUUUCAGUUUUAGUUUUCAGAUAUAUUUCUUUAUCUCGAUAUGAAAUAAAAGACGAUUG